UCUCCCUUCCAUCUCUCCGUCUCUCCCUCCCAACCAAACCCUAACCCCCACCACCACCAACACCACCACCAUGUCCACCGACACUGCAAGAAGCUCUACGGAAUCCAACGUCUCCGGCCUCGACUACGAGGAGACCGAGCUCAAGCUUGCCCUCCCUGGUGCCUCUCGCCCUCCCGCCGCUGACGUCGACCGCAAGCGUGGCUUCUCGGAGACCGUCGCCGAACUCUCCCUUGGAGCUUCUCGCACUGACUCCCCUAACGGCGAUUGCUCCGAUGACUCUCAGACCUCCGUUGCCGGGAAACCUCCUGCCGCCAAGGCGCAGGUGGUUGGGUGGCCGCCGGUGAGGAAUUUCAGGAGGAACGCGCUGAAGACCUGCACCUAUGUCAAGGUCGCUGUUGAUGGCGCGCCGUAUCUCCGGAAGGUUGAUCUUGAGACGUAUGGAGGGUAUGAGCAGCUGCUGGCUUCCCUCCAGGAUAUGUUCUCCUGUUUCACCAUUCGCAAGUAUCACACUGAGAGUAAGCUUGUGGAUCCUGUGAAUGGGACGGAGUAUGUGCCGACGUAUGAGGACAAGGAUGGUGACUGGAUGCUUGUGGGCGAUGUUCCAUGGAAAAUGUUUGUGGCAUCAUGUAAGCGCAUCCGGUUAAUGAAAAGCUCCGAGGCUGUCAAUUUAGCUCCAAGAGAAACUACUGGAUGCACAAAAACACGAUGAACUGGGAGCUAUCCGCAAUUGGUACCGAGCCACAUUGUACAGUGAUUCCGCUUCCUUUUGUUUCUUUCUUUGUUUUGCGAUUUUGAGGGAUCGGAAAUAAGCUGUUGUAGUUACCAUUUUGUGUUUUGGUUUGAUGAGAAAUACAAAUACAUACCUUACAAUUAAUUGUGUGUGUUAUGUUGUCAAUAAGAACAAGACAUUGUUGUCCAAGUGAAGUUAAAACUUGUGUUCAUCCUGCUAAAAUCUCAACUUGUUUCAA